AGCUUCUGUCUUUUCUAAUUUUGCGCUUGCGCCUUCAAACCAUAACCGCUCCAGACCUUCACGACCACCCUGACCGGGACACGACUUCACGAUGCUGGGCACUCUCACAAUCUUGUUUCUUGCUUUGCAGCUGCGACUCGUCGCUGGCCAUGCCUCGAUCUGGCAUCCCUCUAUGUGGGGCUUCAACGUGACCGAGUCAACUUUCCACUAUGACAACCGCCCCGUGUCGCCACUUCAGCACUACUCCUUCGACCAAUGGUGGUUCCACGGCCACCUCGACUACCCUCCUCACCCUCAAGACGUCUUCGAGCUUCCCGCGGGGCAGAACGUUACCACCGAGAUCACGUGUGACAAGGCAGCGACAUCCUUCCACGACACGAACGCGCCGGACUCGGGCAAGUCCAUCAUCGACCCGAACGACCCGGACAACGUGUGCCCCGGCCAGCCCAUAUCCGAGUUCCACACCAAGGGCCUGGACGACGUCAAGGGCUGCGCGCUUGCGAUCGCGUACAAGAGCAAUGUCAGCGAUGUCGCGAUGGAGGACUUUACGGUGUUCAGCGUGAACCAGACGUGUGUGUGGACGCGGUUCACGGAUUUUUCGGUGCCGAAGGAUAUGCCGCCGUGUCCGGACGGGAAGUGUAUCUGCGCGUUCUUCUGGAUCCAUUCGCCGGACAGCGGAGGGGAGCAGAAUUACAUGAACGGCUUCCAGUGCAAUGUCACCAACUCCGUGUCCAACGUCCCUGUCGCCCAGUCCCAGGUCGCUCGGCGCUGCGGCGCGGACCCGCUCCUCGGCAAGGUCGACGCCGUCGCGGGCAACUGUACGUACGGCGCCAAGCAGCCCCUGUACUGGUUCCAGGCAGAGAACAACACUCUGUUCGAAGGCGCACACUCCCCGCCGUUCUACAACGACCUGUAUAACUUCAAGGACGGCGCGCAGAACGACAUUUUCCAGGGCUUCUACGAGUCCAUCCCCGUCCCCAGCGCUUUCCAGACCAAGCUACCCAUUCUCGCCGUCCCGUCGAGCUCUUCAGGAUCGGGAUCGGGAUCAGGAAGCGGUAGCAGCAGCGCUCCGGAGCCUGCUAGCAACUCCACAUCUUCAGGUUCUGCUCCAGCGAGCAGCGCAUCCAGUCUUCCGUCGCCCUCUUCGUCGGGCAAAAAGACGUGCCGCUCCCGCAACUCAACUUCGACCGCCGCCAAGAAACGCCGCUCCAACCUCUCCAUCCGCUCCUCUGCCCGCGCUGCUCUCGACGCGCGUGCAGCUGCACCCCCGCCGUCCGGCCACGGCCCCGCCGCCCGCCCCGCCGGAUCGUUCAUGUCGCGCGUGCUCGGCACGGGGAGGCAGCAUCGUCAGCGCUCCAGCCAGCGAUUCCAUUGAUUGGGAUCUUCGUGGGCCGGUCACUCGUCUUAUUUUGCUUUUAGUUUUGCUCUGCUUUGAUUUUUUGUUUCCACUGGUGGAACUGGAUUGUAUCACCAUCUCAUCAUCAUACCCUUGGUUCGGGAUUUCCAUCGAUACCCUUGAUCUGGAUCUGGGCUAGGUCGAUUUACC